UGUAAAGUAUCAUAUAGUAUAGAGACUUGUAAUGUAACUUGUUUUGCAUCUCUCUCUCUCUCCUCAGUAAGCUGGCUUCUUUUCUCUGGUUUUAGAGAGAGAAACACAUACUUCCAUUAUUGGCUUCUUUCAUCAUGUAAAUCAAUUUCCUCAAUCCACCAUAUUGAAGUAUGGAUCUGAAUCAGAAGCGAACCAGGAUGGUUGACCGAGUUGAUUCGGUUGAUCCUGAUCUGGUAUCGCCUGAGUCAACUCCUAUGUGUCCAUUUCCGGAUGAGGUUCUAGAACCGGUGCUCUCACUGAUCAAUUCGCACAAGGACCGGAGUUCGGUGUCUCUAGUCUGUAAGGACUGGUACAACGCUGAGCGAUGGAGCAGGCGUCAUGUGUUUAUCGGAAAUUGUUACUCGGUAUCGCCUGAGAUUGUUGUAGGAAGGUUUCCGAAGAUUCGUAGCGUGACGUUGAAGGGGAAACCUCGGUUUUCAGAUUUCAAUUUGGUACCGGAGGAUUGGGGAGCUGAUGUUUAUCCAUGGCUGAGUGUUCUCGCGAAGGCGUAUCCGUUUCUUGAGGAGCUUCGGUUGAAGAGGAUGGCGGUUAGUGAUGAGAGUUUGGAGUUUCUGGCAAUGAAUUUUCCGGAGUUUAAAGCUUUGUCGCUUUUGAGUUGUGAUGGAUUUAGUACGGAUGGAUUGAAAGCCAUUGCCACUCAUUGCAGGAACUUAGCAGAACUAGACAUACAAGAGAACGGGAUUGAUGAUCUUGGUGGGGAUUGGUUAAGUUGCUUUCCGGAAACCUUAACAACAUUACAAGUGCUAAAUUUCGCAAGCUUAAACAGUGAAGUCAACUUCAACGAUCUUGAAAAGCUAGUUACAAGGUGCAAGUCAUUAAGGGUUUUGAAAGUCAACCGAACCAUUAAUCUAGAUCAAUUGCAAAAGCUUCUUUUGCGGGCCCCACAGUUGACAGAACUUGGUACUGGAACCUUCACCCAAGAUCUGGUUACCCGUCCAGUUGCUGACCUAGAAGCUACUUUCGGAAGCUGUAAAAACCUUCUGACUAUCUCCGGCUUAUGGGAUACUAAUUCGCUCUAUCUACCGGUUAUCUACCCCGCAUGUGCAAGUCUUACUUUCUUAAACCUGAGUUGUGCAGCAUUGCGCAGCUUUGAGCUAGCAAUGCUUCUCAUACACUGCAAAAGUCUACGCCGCCUCUGGGUUCUUGAUACUGUAGGGGAUAUGGGUUUAGAAGCCGUUGGAUCAUGGUGCCCGUUGCUUGAAGAGCUUCGGGUCUUCCCAGCUGACCCUUUUGAGCAGGAGAAUGUUGCAGGUGUGACCGAGUCUGGUUUUGUCGCAGUCUCUCGCGGCUGCCCGAAACUGCACUAUGUCCUCUACUUCUGCCAUCAAAUGACAAACGCUGCGGUCGCGACCGUCGUGCAGAACUGCCCAGGUUUCACCCACUUUCGCCUCUGCAUAAUGAACCUCGGUCAACCAGAUUAUGUAACCAACGAACCCAUGGAUGAAGCUUUCGGUGCUGUGGUCAGGACCUGCCCGAACCUUCAAAGGCUUGCGGUUUCUGGCCUUUUGACCGAUCUAACUUUCGAGUAUAUCGGGAAAUACGCAAAAAACUUGGAGAUUUUAUCUGUUGCUUUUGCAGGGAGUAGUGAUUUGGGGUUGAAGUAUGUACUGGGAGGCUGCCCGAGGCUGAGAAAGCUCGAGAUACGAGACUGCCCGUUUGGGAAUGCUGCUUUGCUUUCAGGUUUGACCAAAUACGAAUCAAUGAGGUCUCUUUGGAUGUCCGCUUGUAAUUUGACUAUGAACGGAUGUCGGGUCUUGGCUAAAGAGAUGCCCAGGUUGAACGUAGAAGUCAUGAAAGAUGAAGAUAGUGAGGACAGUCAGGCUCAUAAAGUGUACAUCUAUCGAACCGUGGCUGGUCCACGAAGGGAUGCACCACCCUUUGUUCUGACCCUAUGAGUUCGACAAAACUGACAUUGUUAGCCCUCUCUAUAAAGUCGGCUGCUUGAACAACCAACAACCUGUACUUUGUGAAAAUAAGGUUCUAUUGCAGUAGCGUUUUCGUGAUUAUAUUGUAACUUUUAAUUAAAUUCGUCCCCACCAUCGAUCUAUACAUAGGUCUAGUCUUUCCUGUUUGGUCAAAAGUUUGACCGUGCGGGGUGUCAAGUCAGCUCGAUGAUGAUCUGGGGUAGAACUCUAGUUUUCUUUCGUGCUUGUGUUUUGGGUUCACUUGGACAAAUUUAGCAUCUUGAUGUGUAGUUAAAACUUUGAUACUCAAGUGUAGUAAGUUUGAAUCUUUCUGAUGA